AAUUGAUGUGAUUGCGUCUUCAAAUUAUGCAGGUAACAUAGUCUGACUCCUAGAAUAGUCCUUUUCAUUUGGACUUCUCAUAGCAAAAUAUUGCCUCUUUCAGACUAUGGAGUGGAUUGUGCAGUACUUUCGCCCUAGCUAUUACAUUCCACUGAGGCCUGUGCACACUUUUGAGGAAUGGAUGUUUGGACACAAUAUGUUGACUGUUUAUUUCCUCCUAUUCACAUCCUGGCUGAACUUUACCAAUGAAAAAGAGAAUGAGCUCGGAAACUUCCUGUAUGAUAUCAAUAUCAACCCAGGCCCUAUCUUGGAGGAAUGCCGUACAGUGCAAGACAUUGUUGACAAUCCAAAAUGUUUCAAUCCUGCUGUCAAUCAACAGAGGGAGAAUAUUCUUGAUGCAAUGGCAUUUAAAGGAAAACUCAUUCACAAUGGAAUUACUGAAAGAGCUAUUCAACAGUGUAUAUUUGAGAUAUGCGAUUCGGUUAAAUGCAUAGACAGACUGCUAAAACAAAACCUAAAUGUUGAAAGACUAAAAAAUUGUCAUGUGACCGUGGACAUGUUAAUUGAACUCACCACAAACUCUGAGUCUGAUACUUUCUACAAUACGGUAUACAUGGAGAGUUUAAAUUGGACAUUUGGAAAAGCCAUGUCUGAAUAUUCAUGUGGAAUAUUUGGAUUUUGUACAUAUGUUUUAGUUUUUGUUUUUUGUCAAAUCCUUGUAAAACCUGGUAAUAUUGUAGGCAACAUUCGACUAUUGGAAGAGGUCGAGUCUGAAAUGAAAACACCAUGGCCAGGUAGGGAGAGAUUAGUUUGUAUUACAGAGUUGGGCUUGAAAAUAAUAUUGGCAAUUGUGUAUUUAAUUAUUACACUGGCAUGUUAUGGUUGGGAUAACACUGGAUUUCUUGUUAUAGUGAAUGUCUGUUUUCAUCCAUCACAUCUUGCAAGAAGAAUAUACAUUGAACCAAUUGUUCAUGUACUUAUAGUUGCGCUAUGGAUGUAUAGUAUGUUCCAAUGUUUGUACGCUUGGUACAUGAGUUGUUUCUUACUCUUUGGAUUGAUAUUAUUAAAAUGUAUGUUGAUGUUGUCGGAAACACAUGUCUCUGUCAGAGAUAGCCCCGUGGGAGCAACUUGUUCAAUUGAUGCAAAGAGACUGUUUCAGGUACCUUGUUUUCUUAAUCAGGACAUAAUACAUACUACAAUAACUGAUGUAUUGAUGGUAGCAGAAAAUGGUUUGGGAAAUAUAAGAAUGGAACUAGAGCCUUUCGUCGGUAAGAUUGCAAUGGCAGACAUUGAGAAAAUUGAGUAUGACAGAUUAAGCAAUCAGUUACGUAACAAUAGCAGAUUAUGCAAGUCGUUAAGUAAUGUGAGACUCGAGAAUAUCAAUAGCUCUGAGUUAAUUAAUAAAAUGAUUGUCCCAUCCCUGAGAAACAAUACGAUAGAGUCAAUUGAGAUCAUUGACAACUAUGAUCUAACAGAUGAAUGUGAUUUAAUAUCAGAUGUAUUGAUUGCAGAAAAUCGCAGUUUAAAGGUCUUAGAAAUAAGAUUUGAGCCCAAGUCAGGUUUUCAACAUAUGUUUCACUGGUUAUGUUAUGGGCCAAGGUCCAAUAUCCAGUUAACAUCAGUAGGCGUUGAGAAAUUAUUACAAGGAUGUGUUCAGAGACUGGAAACAGCUCCCUUAAAUAGUAUUAUAAUCACUGGUUAUACACCAGGGAAAGAAUAUCUUGAAUAUCAUUGUGCACAACUUAGGUUUAAACGUAUCUACGUAUUUGUUGAGCCAUAGAUUUGAAUUUUCAUAGAAAACUAUGAUGAUGUACACUGUACAGACAGGGACAGCGAACGGAGAAACAGUAAUGCAGUUACAACUAGAGAAAAAGAAAAGUAUUUAAGUAUAUUAAAUAAGCCAUGUAUUUUAAAAUUGAUAAUGUUGAUCCAUGAUCGUUGAAUGGCCCCUCUGCACUAAUUGUUGCACCUUUAAAUAAGCCAUAUAUUUUAAAAUUGAUAAUGUUGUAAGUGUUCUAUACAUUCAGGAGGGUGUCAAGUAUAUGUAUGUAUUUCAUAUUAUUAAAUAAGCCAUAUAUUUUAAAAUUGAUAAUGUUGUAAGUGCUCUUAACAUUCAGGAGGAUGUCGAGUGUAUGUAUGUAUUUUACAUAUUCAGUAUAUUAAAUAAGCCAUAUAUUUGCAAAAACUGGCUACAAUAUGUUAAUAAUAAUAUGGUUCCAAUAUACAGGGUGUCAAAUAAGUAUGCUCUCCCUCCUUGACUUUAGCAUCCACAUAAUAUUGCAUUAAUUUUUUGUCUACAUGAUAUCUAAAUUGUUCUUUAGCACAUUAAAACUAGGCUUCAUGGAGCAACUCCACAAGAAGUUUCAGAUAACACACUGAACUAGAUGCACUUUUAUGCACAAAAGUUCAUUAUUCUGAAAUUAAGGGGAGAACAAAUUUAUUUGACACCCUGUUUUUAAUCUUGCUUUGAAACACAGUACAUGUAUCUAUUUACCUCUGGAGUAUAAACAUCUGCAUUCUGCACUAGUAUGUUGCCCGGAUGUAAGUCACCAUGUACCAAGUUAUCAAGGAACACCUAGAGGUAAAAAAUUUAAAUUAGUAUACAAU